AUGAUUAGAAAUUAGAAAGAGCAUUUGUAAUAGAAUCUUUUAGAUCUAGAGCAAGGCAAAAUGAAUAGAAAUGAAAUUAUCAAGCAAAAGAAUCAAUAGUCAUUACAGCUUGACCAUGAUAUCGAUAUGUUGUAGCAGGAACUUAAAGCAAUUCAGCAUAAAAAUGACGAGCUAAAAAGUUUCAAGGAGCCAAGAUUUGUUGAUUUCAAGGCUGAAAUUGAAAGAAUGAAAUCAGAAAUUGAAGAAAUUAAGAGGCAAGAUGAAGAGAGAUACGUAAUUAUAUUUAUUAAUAAAUAAAUUAAGAUGGAGCAAGAAUCAACCAGAUUAGCUGACGAGUUGUUUAAACUUAAAGAGGAAAUUAGAUAAAUAGAAGGAAUAUAUUAGAAUGUCUAAAAUCAAGCUAUGGCACUUUAAUUGCAAGACCAAAAUAUCCUUGACCUUCAAAAUAACAAAUAAAAGUUGGAUUUAGAGGUAUCUAAAGUUUAAGAAGCUCUUGAUAUUUAAACUAAAAAUAAUAAUUAUUUUGCUGCAAUUAUGAAGUCAACAUGUGAUAAUUUGAGAAUAGAGCAAUCUUUAGUGAAAGAGUUUGCAUAAAAAUAGUUUCAGAGUUAUAUUGAAUUUCUUUAAUUAUAAAAUGCUGAAUAUUAAGCAGCAGUCUAAUCAAACCUUUAAAGAUAUCAAGCUUUACAAACAUAAAAUAACUAGUUGAGGAAGGAUAUAGAUCAAAUCAAAGUUAAGAUUUCUAGAGUUAUAGCAAAUACAAAUUAUGGAUAAUAGAUUAUUUAGCUUUCUAAUCAUUGGAAACAGCAAUAUAGAACAGACUUUAUUGCAUAAUCGAGAAUGAUGCUUGAAAAAGUUUAAAAAUUAACAAUUGAAAUCAAUGCAAAUUUUCAAAUAAAUCUGAAUAAACAAUAGCAUCUCUUAUCUUAGCAAAGAUAAGUUGAGCAUAUUCAAUAAAAUAUAAAAAAAUUACAGUAAUGCAUUUAUUCAAUUGCAAACUUUAAUGAAAUAUUGAAAGGUGAUAUUAGCAAACUUGAAGUUUACGAGCUAGAAUGGAAAUAAUCUAUCUAACAAAGUGAAAAUUAGAAUAAGAUUUCAUAGAAUUAGGAUUAGAAAUUGCAUAUGUAAGAAAUUGAUUAGAAUGAAGAUAAAAAUAUCUAGCUUAAACAUCAGAUUAAUUAAUCUCAAAUAGAGGAAGAUGGAAAAUAUAGAUUGCUACAAUGGUAUAAGGAAUAAAUAGAUGAAAAGGAUAGAUAGAUAUAUUAAACAAGCACAUAAAUUAACAAUAAGAAGUAAAACUCAAUAAUGAUGUAUUAGUAAUUAAAUGGAGAGAUAUUGCAAAUAGAAACUUAGACUAUUUAGCUGAAACAGCAAGUUGAUGUAUCUUAGAAAUAGCAGAUUAAAAUAAGGCAAGCCAUUCAAAAUGAAGAUAAGACCUAAAGAGAGAAUGAAUCUGUCAUUAAAAUGCUAAAUGAAAAGAUGAGAGUAAAUCCAGAUGCAGUUGGCAGCUAGAUUAACUAUUAUGCUGUUUUCUUUCUGAUGAUUCUUAUGACAAUGUAUUUCUUUUGA